AUGAGCCCAUGUGACCGCCUCGUGUUCACUGCACACAGUAACAGCAGCAGCAGCAACAGCAGCAACAGCAGCAGCAGCGGCGAGGAGUUGUUGGUUGGUUCGGUCGAGAUAUUGAAGUUCACUACAGCUGCUGCUGCCAUCGAUCCAGCCGGCAGCAGCCAGCAGCAGCAGCAGCAGCAGCAGCAGCAGCAGCAGCAGCAGCAGCAGCAGCAGCAGCAGCAGCAGCAGCAGCGGCAGCGAGAUCACUGGUAUCGGCUGCUGCUGCAGCUGCAGCUGCUGCUGCAGCAGCAGCUGCAGCAGCUGCUGCAGCAAAUCGAUCCAGCCGGCAGCAGCCAGCAGCAGCAGCAGCAGCAGCAGCAGCAGCAGCAGCAGCAGCAGCAACCGCAGGUGUUUUUGUUUUAUUUGCAUGCGUUGCACAGAGAGGAGGUGUACGUACACCGGCGGGAUCCUCCGCCCCCAUCAGAAGAGCCCCCAUGGUGUAUAGACAGCAGCAGCAUCUCACCGACGCGCAGAGGAGGUGUACGUACACCGGCGGGGUCCUCCGCCCCCAUCAGAAGAGCCCCCAUGGUGUAUAGACAGCAUCAGCAGCAGCAGCAGCAGCAGCAGCAGCAGCAGCAGCAGCAGCAGCAGCAGAGAAAAGAUGAAGUUUGA